CAGAAGUCGAGGGCUGGCUGCCUUUUUUCUAUCUCUAGAUUCUCUGCCUCUUUCUCGUUGCCUAUAAUCAAAGAGGAGGAGGCGCUGCAGUUUAAAUCUCUCCGGAGUUUCUCUCCCCCUCCCCGCCUUUCCCCCUCCAAUCCCCGCCUCCGGUUCUUCCUCUCAUCAUCACCAUCAUCCUCAUCUCGCAGUCUUGAGUUUCUGCAGCUGCAAACUUGGAUCAGGGCAAAGACACGGAAGCGGGGAGACAGAGAACCCACGUGGAGCCCAUCGCCACCCUCUGAACUGGGGGGGAAGAGAUUGUAAGCCCGCCUCUGGCUAUUUCCUUUGCUCCUCUUCUUCGCAGCUCCCAGUGCGCUACGCUAAGCAAAUGCUCCGCAACGCUAGGAGGAGGAGGCAGGGCCCCCGGAGGUCCCCGAUUCACACGUGCAAUAACUCUCCCGCAGAUGGGAGACGAGAUCAAGGCGAGAACCCUUCAUUUCAGGUCCUUGAAAGGGGUUAACCCAACAGCGCACAGUCUAUUGGACUCCAACUCCCAUCAGCCCUAACCAGUGCAGCUAGCAGUGAGGGAUGAUGGAAGUUGUAGUCCACAGCCACCUGCCGAGGCAAUCUGCUUCACCGUAGAAGAGCCCUUACAGUUAAUAAGUUUCCCAUAAAACUUUGGCCCAAAUCUCUGCGAUUUCUACCUAUUUAUUCUAGUUCUGACCACUAGAGCAACAGAGACGAAGUUUGCUCCAUCUUCAGAUGUUUGGAGGCAGCUGCCAACAUCUCUUAAUUUUCUCCAGGCUAAACAGGCUCAGCCCUUUCAACCUGCACUGAGUUUGCAAAACCUACACCAUCCCCUAAUACCCUCUUUUUUGUCAACGACCUGAUUAAAACCUGGUAGCCAGAGCUGGAACUGCCCCGUUUUUUCUCCCAGUGUAACUAAAGCUUGAGCUAAAUCUUGGAUAGAAAGAGAAAACUCUCAGGUCAGACAAAUGUCAAGCACGUGCUCUUUAGCCACCUUCUUGCACAUGCCCACCAGAGUGGCAAAAAAGUGGACAGGCAUAUCUGCCUGUCAACUAAAUGGCUAUUACUGUAUGUUUAUUAUAAUAGCAUGGAGAGCCAGUGUGAUGUGUUGUUUAGAGUGUCAGAUGAGGACCUGAAGAUCAGGGUUCUGUCAUGAAGCUCACUGUAUGACCUUGAGUCUGUGAAGUUUAAAUGAGGAGCAGGAGAAUCAGGAACACCACCUUGAGCUCCUUGCAGAUGGGAUGUUGGGUGGCAAACAGCGGAGAGCUAUUGGAGGACUGAGCUGUGUGUGCCACGCAGUCUGCUUGCGUCUCCUUACACUACCCUGAUGUGGUGGGGAAUGCUGUCCCAUUGGCUGUGUUCCAGUGAGGUGCACCUGCCAGUUCUGUUGGCUUCUGUGGGUGGAAUGGGUGGGUGUGCGCACCAUUUGUCCUUUGCCUCAGGCAGCAAAAUAUUUGGGGCCUUUUCCUGCACAGGAUUGCCCACUCAAACCUUCUUGGGGCUGUUUCUUAUUUUAGAGCCAGUUCUCAAACCGUGGGGCACAGUUUCCCCGCAUGGUGACUUGAGAAGCUUGGAACCAAUGGACAUACAGUGGUACCUUGGGUUAAGAACUUAAUUCGUUCUGGAGGUCCGUUCUUAACCUGAAACUGUUCUUAACCUGAAGCACCACUUUAGCUAACGGGGCCUCCUGCUGCCGCCGCGCCACCGGAGCACGAUUUUUGUUCUCAAACUGAAGCAAAGUUCUUAACCUGAAGCACUAUUUCUGUGUUAGCGGAGUAUGUAACCUGAAGCGUUUGUAACCUGAGGUACCACUGUACAGCCUUGUGCAAAUUAAUUGAAACAAAGCAUAUUUUCUAUCUUACUCGUAAUCCUGUACUCAAAACAAACACGCAGUCAGUUGAUCAUUAUGGUGUCGGAAGCCUGCAGCCAAUAGAAGAGAGUUAUUACAGAGCUGGAAAAGAGGUAUCCUGACGGUACUGGGAUAUUGCAGCAGGACCUAGCCCCCUGUCACACAUCGAAAGUGGUGAAGAAAUUCAUGACAGAGCAGCAAAUACAGGUACAUACUUGAUUGGCCAGGGAAUUCCCUAGACGUAAAUCCCAUUGAGGCUAUAUGCAAAAGUCGCCUCUGUGCUGUAGACUGUAUGACUAUGGAGAAGCUCAUUCAGGUGCUGAUUCAAGUGUAGUAUAGGGAUCCAAAAAUCAACAGUGACUGUUCGAAACUAGUAGACUCCAUGCCAAACCGUGUUCAAAUGCUGCUUAAAAGUAGCGGAGGUCAUAUCCAUUACUAAUGUACGUAUAUGUGAGUUUUGUACAAUAAACCACAUUGUUUGUUUCAAUUAAUUUGCACAAGGGUGUAAAGGAAAUAAAUAAAUAAAUACAUACAUACAUACCAGGGCAGGAAAGGGAGAAGUGGGAAACCGGGGGUGGUUCUGAUACACGUUUGUGAUUGUACUCUGUUUUCUUCAUAAUGGGCUCAGUGGCAGACUUUGGCUCUCAAAUUUCUACGGCCCCCUGUGCAACAUUAAAAUUCGGUGCAUGCCUCUUGUGCUCAGUUCUACAGCAUUGUUGUGGUCCCCUUGCAGUACUGUGUCCAGUGCGGCCAAACUGGUCAUGUCACCCUAAAACUGCCUCUGGUGGGUUGGAGGCAACAUGGUGCCUCUUUGCAACAAAGUAAAAAUUAUCUCUCUGUCUGUCUGUCUGUCUGUCUGUCUUUCUCUGGCUUUCCAGGAUGCCAUGCCUGUGGUGAUAGGCUUUGAGGGCAGUGCCAACAAGAUUGGAGUGGGGAUCGUGCGGGAUGGAGAGGUGCUGAGCAACCCUCGGCGAACAUAUGUCACUCCUCCAGGGCAGGGUGAGUGUAGCCGUUCUGCCACUUGAUUCCUCCGCCCUGUGUUCCCUGGGGUGCAUGUACCCUGCACUGAAGGAAUGUCCCAUUUUCUGCUUCGUCCAAAUCCUACACCGAGCCAGAACCCAUGCAUGAGAUGGGAAUUGAACAACUUUGAAUAAGUUGCCCUCUCUCUUUUUUUCUGGAAUUAUAUUUUGCAUAAUUCCAGCUCUCUUUAGCAUUAUUAAUUCAUGUUUUGCUAGUUAGGGGCAGGGCAGUAUUUGACUGUCACUUUGGCUUCUGAGACCUUGCCAAUGCAUUUUCAAGCAUAGCUUCUCCAUCGUAAGGUUUAGGAACAUGGCUGCUGUUUUGUUUUGUUUGUUUAAAGCUGCAAUCUUCAGGAUUUGAAUUAUCUGCUGCUGCAGAAUCUCAGUGUACACAGAGACAGCCCUGAGUACGCUUCUUCCUUGCCAUUCCGAGUUCUACAAACAUUUGUGUAAUACUUUCUCUUGAUACACAAUUUGGGUUUCUGGUGGGUGUGCAGAGGAGUGUGGACAGAGAGAAGGCAGGCAAUAUACACUGAGUUAGCGCAGCCCUCCUUAACAGAUCUGCCUUCAGCUUUCCAUGUCUCCCUGUCCUGAUGCCUUUUUCCUUCCUCCACAUUCCAGGUUUCUUGCCAAGUGACACUGCGUGCCACCACCGGGCUUGUAUCCUUGACGUGCUUCAGGAGGCCUUGCAGGAGGCUGGGCUGAAGCCACAGGACAUUGAUGCUGUGGCUUUCACCAAGGGUGAGUCCCUCACAUAAUUCUUGCUGGGCAGCCGCCAUUUUGGAUUCCUCAAGGAGACUUACCAGACAGUUGACCUUGAAGACCAGGUCGGAGGUUCCUUCAAAUGCAUCUCUCUGCAUUCAGGAAACAAGAGGCAGCAUUGCCACAGUUCAAGGAAACAUUUCAGCCAGGCGAAAGCACUUGAGCUGGUGUGGGGCAGGGCCAAGGAGGGGGCGGGGCCUGAGCAGAGGCCUGAGGGCCAGAGAUAGAAACCUGGAGGGCCACAUUUUCUAUCGUAUCCCACCUUGAUAUUUUAUGAUAAGGUGGCAGUUUUAUGAUAAUAACACGAAUAGUUCUUGGGUGGAAACAAUGAAGAGUAUUGAGGAAAGCAGAGUUGCAAUUAGGAUGUGAGAGAGGCAAAUUCCAUCUGGUCCUGUUGGCCUUAAACAUCUUUUCCCCUCCCUUAUCCAGGUCCAGGCAUGGGUGCCCCAUUGGUGACUGUAGCAGUUGUGGCACGGACAGUGGCCCAGCUGUGGGGGAAGCCUUUGCUUGGGGUGAAUCACUGCGUGGGACACAUCGAGAUGGGGCGGCUGAUAACUGGUGCCCAGAACCCGACCGUGUUGUACGUCAGCGGUGGAAACACACAGGUAAGAUCUUGUUCUCACAGUGGCCAACCAAAUGCCUCGAGAAGUCCACAAGGAAGACCCAAACGCAACAGCAACUCUCCCCAGGUGUGAUUCCCCGCAGCUGGUAUUCAGAGUUUUGUACUUGGGUGCUCCUCAAUGAACCCUUUAGCCAUUUGGGGGGGGCGAAAUAUAUAUUUCCUGCCCUUUCCACAGUUCUCCGUCCCGAGUCUUGCUGUGUUUUGAACACUACAGCAAGGAGAGGGCAACCUGUGGCCUUCCAGAUGUUGUUGACGUUCUGCAGUUUCCAUCAGCCAGCAUGGCCCGUGGUCAUGGAUAAUGGGAGUUGUAGUCCAACAAAGCUACUAACUGGGAUGGCUUUGCUCUACUUACAUUGUAGGAGGCAGUAUGUUUCUGGAAAGCGCAGGCAGGGAGAGGGCUCUUGUGCUCAGGUCUGGCUUGGGGGUUCCCCAUCAUGGGCAUCUGUUCAGCCACUGUGAGAAGAGGAUGCUGGGAGAUGAGCACUUGGCCUGAUCCAGAAAGGCUCUUCAUAGGUUCUCUCUCCUCUGACAGUGGAGGGAAAAUAUAGGUGUCUUCCCCCCCUCCCAAUUUCUAGGACCAUCGUACCUACAGACCGCCUCUCACGGUAUGCCCCAUGGAGAGCCUCAAGGUCCAUAAAUAGCAACACCCUAGUAGUCCCGGGCCCUAAGGAAGUUAGAUUAGCUUCAACCAGAGCCAGGGCCUUCUCAACACUGGCUCCGGCCUGGUGGAACGCUCUGCCUCAUGAGACCAGGGCUAUGCAGGAUCUGAUUUCUUUCCGCAGGGCCUGUAAGACAGAGUUGUUCCGCCUGGCCUUUGGCUUGGAGCCAAUUUGAUUCCCUCCCCUCCCCCUCUUUCUUUUUUCUUUUUCCUUUCUCCUCCUGUGAUGAGGCUGCAUUUUAAUAUUUUAAUGUUUCAAUAUUUUAAUGUUGUAUUUUAAUCUUGUUUUUAAGUUGUAUUCAUUCAACUUGUUUUUAUUAUUGCUUGUUAGCCGCCCUGAGCCCGGCCUUGCCUGGGGAGGGUGGGGUAUAAAUAAAAAAUUAUUAUUAUUAUUCCCCCUCUUAAUUUAUUUCAUCUUUUGUAUUGGCUGGCUGGCUCCCCAUCCCACUGCUUGGAGAUUUCAACCCUAGCUCAGCACUUAAGGUGUUACGCCGCACUCUCUCUGAGUGUGCUUUAGACGUAUGGUCUGGAGGUGUCCUGGGCAUCGUCUCUUUCUCCUCUCCUCUCCUCCCCACCCCACACUCAGGUUAUUGCAUAUUCUGAGCACCGAUAUCGUAUAUUUGGAGAAACCAUCGACAUCGCCGUAGGGAACUGCCUGGACCGCUUUGCUCGGGUGUUGAAGGUGAGCAACUGAAAGGCGAGACAACUAGGACUGGGCGAUACCUGGUUUUCAACAUCGCGAUACAUCACCAGCUAAACACCGCGGUAUCCUGAUACGUCACCAUGUCUGAAAUAAGGAUGAAGCUACGUAGAGGCACUGAUUAGCUUCCCGGUUUUUGCCACAUUGUGAUUUUUGCACAGCACACACAUAUCAUGAUUCGUGAUAUAUUGCCAGGUCAAAAAUUAUGAAACCGAUAGCACUAUAUGGAUUUCAAACCGGUUUUGAACAAUAUAUUGAUAUAACACCCAGCCCUAGAGACAACUACGGAUAAAAUGGGGAGGAGGAGAAACUUGUUCACCACCAGUGUGGUGUAGUGGUUAAGAGCAGUGGACUCGUAAUCUGGCGAACCGGGUUCGCGUCUCCGCUCCUCCACAUGCAGCUGCUGGGUGACCUUGGGCUAGUCACACUUCUCUGAAGUCUCUCAGCCUCACUCACCUCACAAAGUGUUUGUUGUGGGGGAGGAAGGGAAAAGGAGAUUGUUAGCUGCUUUGAGACUCGUCAGGGUAGUGAUAAAGUGGGAUAUCAAAUCCAAACUCUUCUUCUUCAAGGAAAAAGUGGUAUAUAAAUGUAAUAAAUAAUUAAGAGCAGGCCAGUCCCCCCCCUCUCCGGGCCCAUUACCUUACCUGCCUGAGUCUGAGAGGGGUGGGGAUAGAAGUGACGCACAAAGUGAUGGAGAAAUAAUUGGCUGCUUCUCUCCUCCUGUUUACUUUCCUCUUCUCCAUCUCUCCUUCUCCUUCACCUUGGUGGCUGAUUUUCCUUAUGACUUCGAGGGGGGCGGAGAAGGGAACAUCAGCUGCCAGAGAUGCAGAAAAUGGAAGGCGAGAUCCAAGUGAUAGCUUCCCUGUUUCUCCUCGUGUGCAAUUUCUAUCCCUCUCCACCUUUCUCUGACUGUCGCUCAGCAGGUGGAACUCUCAUUUGGUAGGGCUACUCUCACGGAAUGAGUAUCGUACAUAGCCAAAUGGCUCUCCAAUGGUUGAUCUGGCUGGUUCUGUGUGAUGGGAAGCGUGAUGGUGCCUUAUGAGGCCGUAUAGAGUUCUGACAGCUGUGUUGCCUCUCUCGACUUAGAUCUCAAAUGAUCCCAGCCCGGGCUACAACAUUGAACAGAUGGCCAAGAAGUGAGUAAUGUAAAAAGAAAAAAAGACAUACACACAUUUUGUGCAAACAUGUUAAAUUUUUCACUAGCUGCAUGAAUUGCACUGGGUUUUCUGUUUCAUUCUCAAUCCCACCCCGGCUUCGGAGAAAGUUGUUCAGUAAUAGUUUAAUCUACACCCAGCAUUCGGGAGAAGAAAAGGGACUAGGAAUUGCCAGUAAAUGCAAAAGGAAAAGUGUCCUGUUUGGGGCACAUCCCAAAUUGGGAUUGAUCCCAACUGCUAAAAGUCCAUCCUAACAGGCUUUUUGGGGGCUUCCUGAGCUUUCCACAAAUGCUAUAUUCCCCAUUUUCAGCCUUUUGUAUGCAAUAUAUAAAUUGUAUGCAGUAUAUAUAUAUAUAUAUAUAUAUAUAUAUAUAUAUAUAUACACAUACAUACACACACCGUAUUUUUCUCUCUAUAACAUGCACCAGACCAUAACACGCACGUAGUUUUUAGAGGAGGAAAACAAGAAAAAAAAUAUUCUAAACGAAAUUGUGGAUAUAUGAUUUUUGUGGUUCAUGCUGUGGCCACAGACACGUGAUCUGACAGUGAGUUUGGAGUAGCCCAAUGCAAAAAUCCUGAGGAUCCAUGUGGAUCCAUGCUUUGUAACCACGGAGGAGGGAAGGAAGGGGAACCAUGGAUCCUCUGCUCACGACUGCAGCAGAUCCCCCCUGCCACCCGCAGGCAUUCGCUCCAUAACACGCACAGACAUUUCCUCUUACUUUCUAGGAGGAAAAAAGUGAGUGUUAUGGUGCAAAAAAUACGGUAAUUAAUUUUACUAAGCAAAGCUGAGAUUACAGAUUGCAGGGCAGGGACGUAGACCCUGUUCUGCUGGGGAUCGGGACCCCCACAGGGGAAGUAGUCACAAUUACCAGCACCUCAAGUCUAGGCAAGUCAGGUCAAGGCACAGCAGAUCAGGACCCUGAACAGCUCCCAGUGAGCCUUGUUGGCUUAGGUAUGGAAGAUGCUCUCCCAGCGAAGGUCCUAAGUUACCCCAAGGCAGGCAGAGUCUUCUCUUCCAGUGGUUCUACGUCCCUGGGGAGGACUGUCUGCAACCCUUCAAGGGCCCUGUGGCCAGUUCUGCAGUCUCGUGCACCUGUGUGGCUGCAGAGUAGCAGAAGCUACAGAGGGAGUCAUUCCUGAGGAUGACAGGAGAACCACAUCCUCACUCGGGGGGUGGGGGGGUGGGCACUGCAGAAGAGGAUGCUGAAAGUCCUCCAAGUGUGGCAGCUGACGAGACCCUGAAAUGGGGGACAUGACUCUUGUGCCUUGUUAUGGCAUCAUGUAGAAGGAAAGUGUGAUGAUUAUAAGAACGAUAUACUUAAAAAGCAAAAUAAUGAAUUACAAUGAUUUAACAUAAUAUAAAAUUUAUUCUACAAGUAAAUAAUAAUUAAAAAUGUGAGUUCACAAGAUUAUUUGUGGCAGGAAAAUCCCGAUGAUACCCCCACUGUGUAUAUUUCUCAUCAACAAGGUUUUAGGUUGCCCAAUGCCUAGCUAUAUCCUCGGGAAGACUCAUUUUAUGUAUUAAAAAUAUAACACACAAAUCCACUUCUUUCCUGUCACAGACAAUUGUAUAAAUUUGUCCCAAGGUGCAUGUAUUGGAUGCCUUUCCCCACAAUUUUAAUGAGGCCUAGCAUGUUGUGGUGCAUUUUUAAAAAAUGGACACAGACAAACUGGAUUCUAAGGGGACUGGGCACCUAUUAAACAGCCUGGAGUUGUGAGAGGGGGACUUAACACAUUCUGCUCCCUACACAGGGGCCAAAAGCUGGUGGAACUCCCCUAUACAGUGAAAGGCAUGGAUGUGUCAUUCUCUGGGAUCUUAUCCCAUAUAGAGGUAAGGUUGACUCUUGUUAUCUUCCAUGUCACCUUUCUCUCUGUGUGUUGGGCUUUCUUCUGCCCUUGAAUGCUGGAUGACAGGCAUGGGACUUCUUUCAAACUAUAGUCUGACUUCAAGGCAGGAGAAUGGGUCGAGUUCGUGCCUGCUUGUAGCUGCACAGCAGCCUUGCCAGCAAAAACGGUGGCAACCCUUCUUCAUUCCCCCUUCUCUUCCUCUCCCUGUGCAGGAAGUGGCUCAUAGGAUGCUAGCUGCAAAAGAAUGUACUCCAGAGGACCUCUGCUUCUCCCUACAGGUGAGGAACUAACCAGACCAAGGCCUAGGAUGGGGCUGAUAUGCCGCCUCUAGGGUUGUCAUAUGAACAUAGGAAGUUGCUUGAGUCAGACCAUUGGUGCAUCUAGCUCAACGGCCUCAGUUCAGUAUACCUGAAGGAGCGUCUCCACCCCCAUUGUUCUGCCCAGACACUGAGGUCCAGCGCCGAGGGCCUUCUGGCGGUUCCCUUGCUGUGAGAAGCCAAGUUACAGGGAACCUGGCAGAGGGCCUUCUCGGUAGUGGCACCUACCCUGUGGAACACCCUCCCACCAGAUGGCAAAGAGAAAAACAACUACCAGACUUUUAGAAGACAUCUGAAUGCAGCCCUGUUUAGGAAAACUUUUAAUGUUUAAUAGGUUAUUGUAUUUUUGUGUUCUGCUGGAAGCCGCCCAGAGCAGCUGGGGAAACCAGCCAGAUGGGCGGGGGUAUAAAUAAUAAAUUAUUAUUGUUGUUGUUGUUGUUGUUGUUGUUGUCUACUAGGACAGGUAUUGAUGCUCUCCAGGGUUUCACGUAGGAGAUCUCUCUCAGCCCUGUCUGGAGAUUAUGGGAACAGAACCUGGGAUGUUCUGAUGCUCUACCGCUGAGCUUGUGGCCCUUUCAAGGCCACCCACUGUUGGGCAAAAGCAUUUCUGGUCCAUCCUCCUGAGCAGCUGAUUUUCAGUCCUAUUUGAGGAGGAACGAGCAACAAUGGUGCUUUCUAGACCAACUUAGUGUAUCAGCUUCUUCCAGGUCAACCAAGAAAGAGGCGACAGGCCUCUUUAGAGGUUGCUUAGCAACUAUGAAGGGCCUGGCUCCUCUCCUUACCCAUCAGGGCAGGCAGGAGAGGGUGACGCACUUUGUGCCCAGAGAUGGAAAAGGGUGGGACCAGUGAGUGGGCAAUGGUACCCACUGUGGCAGUGGGCGCCUAAUUAUGAUGCCCACAUAAAUCCAGGGCUCAACCUGUGGCCUACACGCAAGACUCAAAAAUUGAUGUCUUCAUAAUUGUUUUGUCUGUUUUGGUUUCUCUCUGCCCACCAGGAGACUCUGUUCGCUAUGCUGGUGGAGAUAACGGAACGGGCCAUGGCACACACAGGUUCUCAUGAGGCACUGAUCGUGGGUGGCGUUGGCUGUAAGUGUCACCAAGCAAGUGUGGUGUGAAUGGCUGAAGCCGCUGCCCCGUUCGCGUUCCGAAUUCUCCUCCCAUCUCUCAUUCCCCAAACAAGUCCUCAGAGCAAUUUGAGCUACACAGGGGCUCCAUCUGCGUCGCUCCCCCUCCCCAGUUCUUUCUCAUCGCUCCCAGUAUGCUCUCAAAACUGAGCUGGGACCCUCUGUUUUCAGCCUCCGUUGAACGGUGUCACAUCUAAUUGCUUCCCCACUGUUUCUGUCUUCAAAAUCCUUAAUUUUCUCACCUGUGUUUCAUCCAGCAAUAAAUGCUUCUUUAAAAACUCUGGCUCAGCCCUUUCUAAUUUGGAGAUUUCCACGUAUGUGUCUCAACUCAAGUUACCAUUUCUGAUCCAAGAUGGCUGCCAACUUGGAUGUCUUUAAAAAGAGGAUUAGGCAAAUUCAUGGAGGAUAAGGCUAUCAGUGACUACUAGACACAAUAACUACGUUCUUUCUCCACAGCCAGAGGCAGUAUAUGACUCUAAAUAUGAGUUGCUAGGAAUUACAGGUGGGGAGAGGGCUUUUUGUGCUCAGGUCCUGCUUGUGGGCUUCCCACAAAGUUUGGCCACUUUGAGACCAGGAUGCUGGGCUGGAUGGGGUAUUGGCCUGGUCAGUAGACUCCUCUUACGUUCCUCAUUUUAUACCCACAACUGUUCUGUGGAAACAAAAUCCAAACUACCUGUGUCCACCAGGGCAGUGUUCUUUAACCUUGGGUCCACAGAUGUUGAUGGACUACAACUCCCAUCAUCCUUGACCGUUGGCUAAACUGGCUGUGGAUGAUGGGAGUUGUAGUCCAACAAGACCCAAAGUUCAAGAACACUAUCCUGAUCUUGAAGAAGGCUAGGGUUGCUAUAGACAGCCAAGACUGAGACCCACCCACCCACCUGUUAGGUCAGGCAAAGGCAAACUCUGCCCUCCAGAUGUUUUGGGACUACAACUCCCAUCAUCCCUAGCUAACAGGACCAGUGGUCAGGGAUGAUGGGAAUUGUAGUCUCAAAACAUUUGGAGGGUCGAGUUUGCCUAUGCCUGAGUUAGGUUCUUCCCUCGUUGGAGGUAGGCAGGUACCGAACAUACAAAUGUGCUUUUUCUGGCAUGUUGUCUGUUUGCCCUCACUGAAUGCACAGCAUGCAUUCCCUGUGUUCUUCCUCUCCAGGUAAUGAGCGGCUGCAGGAGAUGAUGGGAAUCAUGUGCAAGGAAAGAGGAGCAAAACUCUUUGCUACGGAUGAAAGGUAAGCUUCCACCUGCCUGCUUUGAUUCCAAGACCCUCCCAGAUUUGGGCUCUCAUGAGUCUGAAUCAGAAUGGUUUCCCAAAGCUGUUUUUCAGAUUCAUAAACAUGGUUAACGCAGAGGGGUAGCUGCGCCCUUUUGUUAAAAAGUAUUUUGCAGCAAAAGCAACCAAGAAUCUCGUGGCAUCUUCAAGCCUUAUUUUUGGAAGCUUUUGUGGGCCCACGUUGUCAGAUAUGCAAAAUAUAGGCUGAGCAAGUUUGAUUUUAUUCACCUGGGCCUCAAUCAAGACAAGAGUUUGCUCUCCCACUGCAGAUGUUAAAUUCGUACCGCAAGAUAAGGGGACAUGCAUUGUGAAUGAUACCACAUUGAGCUUUACCUAGAAGCACCUAAAUGGCAUCUUUGCAUUUUGUGGACGUGUGGCCCCAUGCAGCUUAUUGUUUUAUUAAUACAGAGGCAGUAAAACUCCAAGCUAGGGGUGAGCCCAGAAGUCCCAGCAUCGCCGACACCACCUCAACACCCCUUUAACCGUUAUUCUUCUCUGCCCGUUUUCUGUCCAGGUUCUGCAUUGACAACGGGGCCAUGAUUGCACAAGCUGGCUGGGAGAUGUUCCGAUCCGGGCAAAUCACUGCACUUCAGGAUUCGUGGAUUACACAGAGGUGACUGUGCCUUGUUUUGUGAGGUGGGGGAGGGUAUCUUGAGUGCAGAUCUCAAGCAAGGCCUACUCCAAGCCCACUGCAGGAGAGCAGUGCUCCAAUGUUGCUUCAGCAGCUAUCAAACAGAGAUGGUGGAACCUUAUUUUUGAUGCUAGCCCUGACCUCAAUGGUAGGGAACCAUAACAUGAAAUUUUUUUACAGGUAAGGGAAAGUUGGGCAGACAGAACAAAGCGCUGCCUGAAUGCAGCCUCAAUCUGGCUUUUCCCCACCUUUCCGCAGGUAUCGUACGGACGAAGUGGAGGUGACUUGGCGGGACUGACCACCCCUUCUCUCUGCAUGCAUGUCUCCUGAAGGCAAUAAACAGCCGGAUACAUAGACAUUGCGGGCAGGAAUACCAGGGUUGCUUGACUCUCCAUGGACAUUUGAUGGGAAACUAAUUCAAACCAGAAUAAACGCUUUGGUUUUUGUUUAGAA